UCCGUCUACAUCUGCUACUCCAUCUUCGCGUUCGACGCCGGCCUGAUCGGCCCCGUCACCACGCCCAACUCCAUCGAAGCUGACGUCAUCACGUGUCAGAUGAUUGCUUCGUCCCGGGCGGGCGACACCAUCUUCCAGGAGACGCUCACCAUCACCGGGGGCGCCGGCAAAUACUUCGGGUCUCAAGGCGUGAUGUAUCACGACGAGGUUGGUGGCGUCUUCGAAGUGUACUACUAUCUGCCGUACGACGUGUCUUUCAUUCCUAGGGGUUUAGUCUCAACCCCGACUAACACGACCGGUUAG